AAGAGGAGGAGGAGGAGGGUGGAGGUGACGAAAAAGUGGAUUAGAAUGGGGAUCCAGAAACGACCGUCAGGUGAGAAUAAAAAGGAGAGGAAGGGGCCCAUGGUGGGGCUAGGCAAAGGAAGGGGAGUAAGGGAAACGACAAAAGCGAGGGCGCAAUGCAAUGUGUAGCCAGUGGUGAAGCAAAAAUUUGCCAAAAUGCCGAAAUGCGGAAAGUACCGAAUGGAAAAGCAAAGGUGAGUGUGACUGGAUUGCCUAAUAGAGGUGGUGCUGAUCAGCCACAAGUUCAAAACAGGCAAUAUUAAUUACUAUUCCACGUGGCACUGUGCCUGUGUGGCGCAAAGGCGAGUCUUUUUGAAUAUUCGCUUCGUUAUUGACACCUGUCCAUGAUACCAAUCAACUUUGGUGCAUGACAUCUCCGAAGUUUUGUAAACAAAGGGACUUUAUCCGAAGACAAGUUCAAGAACGUAGUUCUGAGUGGAGGUUUUCCAAUGGGAGUUGGUCUUCUUCUGAAUAG